CUACGAUGGUGGUGUUCUAGCAUUAUCAGCAAGUUGCCAUUUUUCUUCUAUUACCACUCCAGCUUUUUCUACCACAAUGCUUUCUCCUAACGGCAACAGUAAUCAUCAUCAUCAUCGUCAUUAUCAAACACUCAAUUGCAAUUCUAUUUUAAAGCUCAAAAUGCAACCCUCAAUUCUCACUGGCACUACCCUCUUCAACUUUUCACUCCCCUGGAAUCAUCAAAGUGUUCCACAGCAUUUGUCCCAUUCUCUCUCAUUCUUCUAUUUAUUAAACUUCACCUUUUUGUUUUUUCUUGUUAUGGGUAUGAAUCAGUCCAGUCCAAAGCUUCAUACAAUUCUGCGUCAGAUUGGAUGAGUUUGAGUGGUCCCUCCUUUUCCCAACACCUGAAGCACCCCACCUGCUCGAGUUAAUUGACUACCCAAUGGGUUUGGGCCGGGGUUUCUGGUUAGGAUUUAUUCUAUUCUGUGUCUCCAGUAAAGUCGUUUUCAGCGAUCAAGAUGGUUUCUUGAGUUUAUCUUGUGGUGGAAUGACGAGUUUUGUUGAUUCUUCUAACUUGACAUGGGUCUCAGAUGGUAACUAUGUCAGUAUAGGCAACACUGCCACUGCCAGCUUUGUUGAGGGGACAUCAUCCUCUCAACUCCCUAUCCGGUUCUUCCCAAAUUCACCAGGUCGAAAGUGUUACAGGCUACCAGUGAGGAAUAUCUCGUCCUCUAUUCUUGUUAGGACCCAGUUCGUGUACAAGAACUACGAUGGGCUCUCAAAACCCCCAGCAUUCUCCGUUUCCCUUGGGACAGCUAUUAGCACUACCAUAAACCUUAGUAGAACUGAUCCAUGGACCGAAGAGUUUAUAUGGCUGGUUAAUAAAGACAUUCUUCCUUUAUGCUUGCAAUCACUUCCUGAUGCUGGUUUUCCUGUUAUAUCUACACUUGAAGUACGACCACUUCCUGAAGGAGCUUAUAGAACUGGAAUGGAAGAUUUCUCCAACAAGUUCCUUCGAAAGAGCUAUCGAAUCAGUUGUGGCUGCAACAAUGUGUCACUACGGUACCCUAUGGAUCAGUAUGACAGGAUAUGGGAUGCUGAUCUUUCACCUUUUCAUAUUUCACCUGGUUUCGAAAUACGAAGUACCUUCAAUUCGUCAAGUUUGAAGGAGACUCCUCCUGCUCCUGUUCUUCAAACUGCAAGGAUUUCACGGACGGAGGUCUUGACAUAUAAUUUACCCCUUGAUACUCUAGGCGACUAUUAUGUUGUUCUCUAUUUUGCUGGGAUUCUUCCCAUUUCCCCAUCAUUUGACGUGCUAAUCAAUGGGGAUAUCAUUCAAUCAAACUAUACCGUUAAGAGGUCGGAAGUGAGUGCUUUGUUCAUUGCAAGGAAAGGAAUCAAGAGCUUGGAUAUCACAAUGAAGAGUACUAGCCGCUACCCUCAAAUCAAUGCGAUUGAGGUGUAUGAGAUUGUUGACAUUCCCUUAGAAUCCUCUUCAACUACAGUCUCAGCCCUUCAGGUUUUUCAGCAAUCCACUGGAUUAGAUCUGGGAUGGGAUGAUGAUCCAUGCUCGCCAAUGCCAUGGGAUCACAUUGGAUGUGAAGGAAAUUCUGUUGUUUCAUUGGAGCUUUCUGAUAUCAACUUGAGGUCCAUCAGCCCCACAUUUGGUGAUUUAUUGGAUCUUAAAUCAUUGGAUUUGCAUAAUACUUCACUUGCCGGGGAGAUACAAAACUUGGGUAGCCUGCAACUUCUUGAAAAACUGAACCUGAGUUUCAAUCAGCUGACAUCCUUCGGUUUUGAUCUGGAAGACUUGAUUAACCUUCAAAUCUUGGACUUGCAAAGUAACAGAUUACAGGGAAUAGUUCCUGACAGCCUGGGGGAGUUAAAGGACCUUCACUUGUUGAAUCUGGAGAACAAUCAAUUGCAGGGAACUCUACCACUGUCUCUAAACAGAGAGAGUUUGGAAGUUCGGACAUCUGGAAAUUUGUGCCUUUCUUUCUCCUCAUUGACAUGCAACGGUCUUCCAAAAAAUCGGUCUAUCGAGACUCCAGAAUUUACCAUCGUUACAAAGAAGAAGCACAAUGUCCAUAAUCAUUUGGCAAUUGUACUCAGUGCAGUUGGGGGAGCUAUACUCAUUCUUCUCGUUGUUUCUCUUUCUGUGUUCUUUUAUACAAGGAGAAAGAGACCUGAAGUCACUUAUACAGCAAGAGCGCAAAGUGAGAUGAGAAACUGGAAUAUUGCGGCAAAACUCUAUUCGCACAAAGAAAUCAAAGCAGCUACAAACAAAUUCAAGGAAGUCAUAGGCCGCGGUAGCUUUGGAACUGUUUACCUCGGAAAACUUCCAGAUGGUAAACUAGUAGCUGUGAAAGUACGAUUUGAUAACUCCCAACUUGGAGCUGAUUCUUUUAUGAAUGAGGUUUCUCUUUUGUCGCAAAUUCGUCAUCAAAAUCUCGUAUCACUGGAAGGGUUUUAUCACGAGUCAAAACAACAAAUAUUGGUUUACGAGUAUCUACCUGGGGGAUCCUUGGCUGAUAACCUGUAUGGUGCAAGCAGUAAAAGAGUGACAUUAAGUUGGGUUCGCAGACUGAAAAUCGCUGUUGAUGCUGCGAAAGGGCUGGAUUACUUGCAUAAUGGGAGUGAUCCGAGAAUAAUACACCGCGAUGUGAAAUCCAGCAAUAUACUUUUGGAUGCAGAUAUGAAUGCCAAGGUCUGUGACUUUGGCCUCUCUAAGCGAGUAACUCGGGCCGAUGCGACUCACGUAACCACUGUUGUCAAGGGCACUGCUGGGUACCUUGAUCCUGAGUAUUAUUCUACCCAACAGCUAACUGAGAAAAGUGACGUCUAUAGUUUCGGAGUUGUUCUAUUGGAGCUCAUUUGCGGUCGAGAACCGUUGCGUCACUCUGGAAAUCCAGAUUCCUUCAAUUUGGUUCUAUGGGCCAAGCCAUACUUGCAGGCUGGUGCUUUCCAAAUUGUGGAUGAGAGCUUGAAUGGAACAUUCGACGUCGAGAGCAUGAGGAAGGUGGCGAUUGUCGCCUCGAGGUCUGUGGAGAGAGAUGCACCCCAGAGGCCUUGUAUUGCAGAGGUAUUGCGAGAGCUGAAAGAAGCCUACAGCAUUCAGCUUUCCUUUCUUGCUUCUUCUGGGUAUUUGCAUUGAAGCUCAGCCAAUACCAACAUAUGAGUAUUUCCUAUGUUUGUGUUUUGUGCAAGGUUUUCCCUUGAAGUAUGUCAAAAACAAGUUGGUUCCAGCAGUGUUCAGGGCUGCUGUAAUUUAUUCCAAAAAAAUGUUUGAGUUCAUGAUGUCUAUUUAAGCGUUUCAAUUAUCUGUAUUCUGUACACUCUGAAAUCUAUCUAUGAUGAUAUCUUUUUGGUCUUA